AUGGGGAAAGAGCCAGCCCAGAACCCUCCCAAGGUGACCCCAAGAACAGCCCUAAGCCUGAGCCUCCGGUUGCGGCCAAACCCGAGCCCGCAGCGCCCCCUGGCGGUCAUCUCAAGUGCGCACCGCAGCUCCCCUGUGCCCGUGCAGCCGCGCGCGUUGGAGGUGGCUGUAAAUGAAUUUAGCAUCAGCACCGUUAUUUAA